UACUUAUGGUAGACGGUACUGUUUUUUUCAGAAUGGAUGCCUGAAGGUCAUAGACCGCAAGAAGCACAUCUUCAAGCUGUCCCAAGGCGAAUAUAUUGCUCCCGAAAAGCUGGAAAACAUAUUUAUUCGUUCCUUGUUUGUGGCUCAGAUCUUCGUGCAUGGAGAAAGCCUCAAGUCCUGCCUUGUUGCAGUUGUGAUUCCUGAUCAAGAGUAUUUGAUGCAGUGGGCAGCAGAAAACUCCAUAUCGGGCACCUUUCAUGAACUCUGCAGGAAUAAUAUUGUCAAGAAGUCCAUUCUGGAUGACCUCUGCCGCCUUGGAAAAUUGUCUGGGCUGAAGUCUUUUGAGCUGCUGAAGGAUAUCUAUGUACACAGUGACUUGCUGAGUGUCGACAAUGGCCUUCUGACGCCCACUCUGAAGACUAAGCGGCCCGAGUGCCGGAAAUACUUCCUGCCUCAAAUCGAAACCAUGUAUAGGAGUCUAGCUUAGGGCCUUAGGGGUAACAAAGAGUUACUUUUUUUUUUUCGAGCAAUAGAAGCGUUGUAGCAGAGGGCACAGAAGCCACGUUUCUCCACACUUCUACGGUUGCCCUCCUGUGCUAUCAGUAUGUAGAAGAGGCAGCGUGCGAGACCAGCGCACUUUUUUUUCCAUACCACUCGCUCUCUACUUGUCAUGUCUCCAACACUCAAAGGCUCUGGAAAGAAGUCUCUCAAGCACUGCUACUCUUUCUCAAGGACCAGUCCUCGUAGAUUUUGUAAAAAGUUCAGUUGGUGUUGCUGACCUAUGUCAUUCUCUCCAGGCAUAUGCUUUUUUCCCCCAUUAUCGCCAGGUUUCUCUUCCGGAUACUGUGCAUUUGCCGAUUCAGGAGUUAAAUGCUAACAACAUGCUGCUUGGGUGCGAGGUUGAAUGAAGUGUAGUUUUUCUGCAUCUGACAACUUGUCUGUCAGCCCAUGGAACUUUUGUUUUGUUUACUUUUCAUCUGUGCACACAAUUUUGCGCUGGCAAAUGUGAACUGGCAUACUACUGGAUGUGUAAAACUUCGUUAUUAUUAUUUUUUUUUUUUUUGUUGUCCUUGUUUUUCAAACUGACAUGUUGCAUUUGUCUGAAAUGGUGAUCGAUUUAGAUUUUGUUGUCUCUUUGAAAUUACGUACUACUAUUUUUUUUUUUUUGUCUAAACUGUUUGUUUGCAGCAUUCUUUUGUUCUUUUAAUUUACCCAACCCUAGGUUUUCACGGCUUCAAUCUUUGGCUAGAUUGUGUCAUUCAGCCCAACCAGUGCUAGUGUGAUGAAUGCAUUAUGUGUCACAUGCGUCAACAAAUUGACUUGUUACUUCCAUCUUUGCUGCAUGCAAAUCCAGAGCAUGCCUGUGCGGCAGUGUUAUGCAAAUUUGAAAGAAUUGUCAUUUUCAUACAUUUUACAGGCUGGAGCAUCCAUGCUUAUAGCAUUCUUGUUGCUGUCUAUAAAAUUGUUUUUCUUUACGACACAUAGAAAUUACUUAUAUAUAAAUAUUUAUUCAAAAUUUUUUUCUAGAAAACUCUUUCAGGUGAAACUUUAAAAAAAAUAGACCUUUUUGUCUUCACUCUACUUUUGACAUCAUAUCAUGUGAUAAUGCUGAAGUCAAAAAUGCAGACUCUAGUCCAAACAGAAAUUGCAUGACUUUGAAGCUUUCUGCUGUGGUGAUAACAUAGUGUAGUAAGUGCAUAGAGCAAAAAUCGAGAGCAUGUGCAGAGUGGCUGACCACCUUUUAAUGAAGCAUUUCAAUUUAGCACAGGUCUCUCAGGGCUAAAAUGGUGCUGUCUCUCCUUCGCUUUUAUACUUAAAAACUUAGGUUAACAGUGUAAAGUUGGUCGGUACCAUUUUAUGUGCAUGUUGUUUUUCCUAAUCAUGAUUUUUUUACAUUCCAAGCUCCUAAUGACUGCAAAAUAUUAAGCUUUCCACCCUUGUAACCAUCUCCUCUGAUGGUCUUUCCACAACUUUGGUAACAAAAAUUCAUAUUGGUACAUUGUUUGGACUUUUCUUCUUUUGGCAUCCUAGAAGUGUUUUGCAAUAACCGUACACUCGCAAAGAAAGAGGACAUAUUUAUUAGUUAUUUCUUCUAGUUCCAAAUGACCAAAGAAUUAAUAGUACUUAAGAGCAGACAUUGGAAUGUAUCCAUGGCACUCAUAGUUAGGCUUUCAUGAAUAAAAAGUCUGUGAUUUUCACCUGC